AUGGUUUCCGUAUUUGUUGUUGCUGCUGCGAUUCUGUUUCUUGGUCUCGCCCAUGCUGAACCGGUGCCUUUCAACAGUUGCAUAAAUGGCGAUAAUAUUCUAAGUCUUUCUAUUGAGCCAUGCAACCCCGUUUUAGUUGAUGAUUGGGCUACUUGUGUUCUGCAGCAUGGUUCGGAAGUGAACGUCGAAGCUGCCUUCAUUGCACCUUUCGACUCUUCCGAGUUGGAAACCGUAUCUUUCGCAAAUAUCGCCUCACGUUUGGUCCCAUUGCCAGCAACUGGAACAGACCCUUGCAUCGGAGAUCUCUCGCCGUCUUGCCCCAUCAAAGAGGGCCGGAUGUACAUCUAUUCCACCAUUUUCGACAUACUAAAGUAUUUUCCUGCGGUAAACACAGCUCGAGGUCCAAUGGAAGUGAUGUUCUCCAUACGAGACAGAAAUAGCAAAUCUACUGUGGGUUGUGCCAAACUACCUGUCAUAAUUCAAAGAAACCCAUCUUUCACUUAUAAGAAACGAAAUAUUUCGUCUUAA